AUGUACUCAAAGGUAGUAUUGGUUCUAGCAGCAACUGCUUUGGCAGCAGUCUCAGCAGAGUACGGGCACUCAUCACAGCACUUCACCAAACACGACGGCCAUCACCAGCUCGUGCACAUAGCUGAGCAUGGACACGAUGGUCAGCACCACGGACACCAUGAACAUCACCAUGUUGAUUAUUACGCUCAUCCAAAGUACGAGUUCAAGUAUGAAGUGAAGGACCCUCACACGGGAGACCACAAGGAGCAUCACGAGCAUCGCGACGGUGACAGCGUGAAGGGACACUACUCCUUCCACGAACCCGAUGGCUCAAUCAGACAUGUACAUUACCAUGCUGAUAAGAAGACUGGUUUCCACGCAGAAGUGACCCAUGAACAUCACUACCAUCAUUAGAUAUAGAUAGAAUUGGUUUGACUGUUUAUUUGUUCCUACUGUGAUUGUUUUAUUACGUUUGUAUUGUGAAUGUUAAAUCAUUAUACAGUUUUGUGUAAA